GUCUAUAUUGAUUUUUUUAGCAGCUUAGUGUGAUACAAGAGAGAAAAAAAGCGGAACGCCCCGCCUCUUUGUAUGUAGAGUUCCUUUUCUGGUGCUCUGUUCAACUUACGCACACAUCAGAGCUUCAGUCGUACCAUGAACCUGAUCUUGAUAACAGCUUUCCUCCUCUGCAGCCUCAGCUGGGUCUCUGUCUCAGGUUCGGAGUCUCAGACUGUGGAGGUCCAGUCUGGUGAAGAUGUCACUCUGAAGUGCUCCAACAUGUCCAAAUAUGAUGUUGUCACUUUCUGGUUCAGACUUGUCAAGAGAACAAACAUCAGCUGUAUCUCUACUAUUUCCAGGUCUAGCGCUAAACCACUAUUCUGUGAUGGAAUCAGUGAUGGUAAAUUUUCCAUGUGGUCCAAUACCUCGACUAUCUUUCUCCAAAUCAAGUCAGUGGAAGUGUUCGACUCUGGACUUUAUUUCUGUGGAUUUUAUGAAGAUGGACGUCCAUUUUUCAGUCUGAUACACCUAAAGAUCAAAGGCAGCAGUGAUGCACAUAAUGACACAGACAGGGAGCAUACAAAGGGGUGUGAUGGAGUAGCUCCACUGGCGAGUAUGAUCCUGGGUGGCGUGACUGUCUUCCUCGUGGUGGUCAUCAUCAGUCUGGUUGUUAGAAACAGGAAACUUCAGACAGCUGAUAAAGAAGGACAGAAUCCAGGACAGAGUGAGAGUGUGGCCUCUGGAGACCUGAACUACGCAGCAGUAACAUUUCGACCUAAAGCAAGAAGAAGAGAGCCGGAGCCAAAUGUUGUUUAUGCUGCCACCAGAUGUUGGAGGGUUACUACUUUACACACAAUGAAGAGCUCUUCCUUCGUUACACUGUUGGGUCUCUUCUUCAGAUGGCUGUCUGUCUCAGGUUCUGAGUCUCAGACUGUGGAGGUGCAGUCCGGUGAAGACGUCACCCUGAAGUGCUCAGACAUGAACCAAGAAUCUUUGAGAUUCUGGUUCAGACUGAUCAACAGAACCGAGAUCAGCUGUAUCUCUGUUCUCCCCAUCAAAAGUGACACACCUGUGUAUUGUGUUGGUUUCCAAGAUAAGAGAUUUGAAAUGAGCUCCAACAACUCCGGGGUCCUUCUCAAAAUCAGAGGAGCCAAUGUGUCCGACUCUGGACUGUACUUCUGUGCUUCUUACAGAAGCCCACUGCCAACGUUCAGUGUAAUACAUCUGAAUGUAAAAGUUAGCUUCGAGCCUCGUGGUGAUUUGGGGAGCAAGCAUGAAAAGUUCGACAGAGCAAAGCUGACCAUUGUGAUCUUGGGUGCUGUGACUGCGUUCCUCGUGAUGGUCAUCAUCGGUCUAGUUGUCAAACUGCAGACAGGUCAGAAAAAGGAGAACCCUGAGCAGAGAGAGAAUGUGGUCUCUGGUGACCUGGACUACGCAGCAGUAAAGUUUCAGUCUAAACCAAGAGGAAGAGAGCCGGAGCCAAAUGUUGUUUAUGCUGCCACCAGAUAAAAGGGGAGGAGCCAACUGGAACCAGCGCUGCUUCACAUCAACAGGAUAUGGUGCUGGUUUUUUUAGAGUCACUCUGGUGAAAUAAAAAAUACAGUAUGUCUCUUUUUUCUUUUGGAAUUAUUUUUAAAUAAAGCUUUACUUCUCAAACUUUA